GAUUGUCUGCUUAAAUGAGUUAGUUAUUUGUUGUUCAGUGAACUUAUUACCUGUAUCACUCUGAACAAAAGCUGAUGACACAAUGAAUCAUGAAGUUUGAGCUUGGUAACUGUUUGUUAUCAGACGAAUUGUAUUGCUUGACCUACCAUUUCUACAUUGAUUGGUCAAGUGUAGAGUUUGCACAAAAGAAGCAUGAUUAGUGUGAGCUAGGGUUAGGAUAGAGGUGCCAACUGGCAUGACCUAUCAUGUGCUAUAUAUAUAUAUGUGAAAGAAAACCCUUGCAAGGCAGCUUCAUUACUGCGACUAAAGAUACAAUUAGCAGGCCUAAGAAGUUCAACUCAAAACAAAAGAUGAAACUUGUUUACAGUAAGGCAUUGCCAUUGUUGGUGUUUCUGCUGAUGAUGACUUGUUAUGUGGAGCGUGGCAGGGGCGCUGCCUGUACAAGCACUUUCUUCUCUGCUCUUGUUCAGCUCAUACCUUGUAGGGCAGCAGUUGCUCCCUUCAGUCCCAUCCCUCCUAGUGAGACCUGCUGCAAUGCUGUCAAGACUCUUGGUCAGCCUUGUUUGUGUGUUCUGGUGAACGGCCCUCCGAUUACUGGCGUGGACCGUAACAUGGCCUUACAACUCCCUGACAAGUGCACUGCCAACUUUGAACCAUGUGAAAUUAUGAAGUAGAUCUGCAAGUGUGGAGCUGGAGAGAUUAUUAAGAAUCAGUGUUUUCUUUUCUUUUUUCCAUAGUAAAGUGUAGUUGUGCUGAUAAUAAGAGGCUCAACUGUAGAGAUUAUGUACUGUAAUCUUGAGGGUUGGCCCUCAGCCAUCUGCUCGUCCUUCUGUUUGGUAUUGUUGAUUUCUUCAAUAGCUGUAGUACAAUAUUGCCUAGUUUAUUAAAACCAGUUGAAUGCUUGUUUCAGUCUUUUAAA